CGCAGACUUGCCCGGCACUCCUGGGUCUUUGAGGAAGAGGGGAAAGAGGAUACCCUAGGAGAGCCAGGGCUGCCAGCGGUACCAUGGGCCGUCGGAGCGCGCUGGCCCUCGCCGUGGUCUCGGCCCUGCUGUGCCAGGUCUGGAGCUCCGGCGUCUUUGAGCUGAAGCUGCAGGAGUUCGUCAACAAGAAGGGGCUGCUGGGGAACCGCAACUGCUGCCGCGGGGGCUCGGGCCCGCCGUGCGCCUGCAGGACCUUCUUCCGCGUAUGCCUCAAGCACUACCAGACCAGCGUGUCCCCAGAGCCGCCCUGCACCUACGGCAGCGCCGUCACGCCGGUGCUGGGGGUCGACUCCUUCAGCCUGCCCGACGGCGCAGGCAUCGACCCCGCCUUUAGCAACCCCAUCCGAUUCCCCUUCGGCUUCACCUGGCCAGGAACCUUCUCUCUGAUCAUUGAAGCCCUCCACACAGAUUCUCCCGAUGACCUUGCAACAGAAAACCCAGAAAGGCUCAUCAGCCGCCUGACCACGCAGAGGCACCUGACUGUGGGGGAAGAGUGGUCUCAGGACCUUCACAGUAGCGGCCGCACAGACCUCCGCUACUCUUACCGUUUUGUGUGUGAUGAACACUACUACGGAGAAGGUUGCUCUGUGUUCUGCCGACCCCGGGAUGAUGCCUUUGGCCACUUCACCUGCGGAGAGAGAGGGGAGAAGGUGUGCGACCCUGGCUGGAAAGGCCAGUACUGCACUGAACCCAUCUGUCUGCCAGGGUGUGACGAGCAACACGGAUAUUGUGACAAGCCAGGGGAGUGCAAGUGCAGAGUUGGCUGGCAGGGCCGUUACUGCGAUGAGUGUAUCCGAUACCCAGGCUGUCUCCAUGGUACCUGUCAGCAGCCCUGGCAGUGUAACUGCCAGGAAGGCUGGGGGGGCCUCUUCUGCAACCAGGACCUGAACUACUGCACUCACCAUAAGCCAUGCAGGAAUGGAGCCACCUGUACCAACACAGGCCAGGGGAGCUACACAUGCUCCUGUAGACCUGGGUACACAGGUGCCAACUGUGAGCUGGAGGUGGAUGAGUGUGCUCCCAGCCCCUGCAGGAAUGGAGGGAGCUGCACGGACCUUGAGGACAGCUACUCUUGCACCUGUCCCCCUGGCUUCUAUGGCAAGAUCUGUGAGCUGAGUGCCAUGACUUGUGCAGAUGGUCCUUGCUUCAAUGGGGGACGGUGUUCGGACAACGCUGAUGGAGGCUACACCUGCCACUGCCCCGUGGGCUUCUCUGGCUUCAACUGUGAGAAGAAGAUGGAUCUCUGCAGCUCUUCCCCCUGUUCUAAUGGUGCCAGGUGUGUGGACCUCGGCAACUCCUACCUGUGCCGAUGCCAGGCUGGCUUCUCUGGGAGAUACUGCGAAGACAACGUGGAUGACUGCGCCUCCUCCCCGUGCGCCAAUGGGGGCACCUGCCGAGACAGUGUGAAUGACUUCUCCUGUACCUGCCCGCCUGGUUACACAGGCAAGAACUGCAGUGCCCCUGUCAGCAGGUGUGAGCAUGCCCCCUGCCACAACGGGGCCACCUGCCACCAGAGGGGACAACGGUACAUGUGUGAGUGCGCCCAGGGCUACGGAGGCCCCAACUGCCAGUUCCUGCUCCCUGAGCCACCGCAGGGCCCCAUGAUGGUGGACCUCAGCGAGAGGCACGUGGAGAGCCAGGGCGGGCCCUUUCCCUGGGUGGCCGUGUGUGCCGGGGUAGUGCUUGUCCUCAUGCUGCUGCUGGGCUGUGCCGCUGUGGUGGUCUGCGUCCGGCUGAAGCUACAGAAACACCAGCCCCCACCUGAUCCUUGCGGGGGAGAGACAGAGACCAUGAACAACCUAGCCAAUUGCCAGCGGGAGAAGGAUGUUUCUGUUAGCAUCAUCGGGGCUACACAGAUUAAAAACACCAACAAGAAGGCAGACUUUCAUGGGGACCAUGGUGCUGACAAGGGCAGCUUUAAGGCCCGAUACCCGGCUGUGGACUAUAACCUCGUGCGAGACCUCAAGGGAGAUGAAGCCACCAUCAGGGAUGCACACAGCAAACGUGACACCAAGUGCCAGUCACCGGGUUCUGCAGGAGAGGAGAAGGGCACCUCGACACUCAGGGGUGGGGAGGUCCCCGACAGAAAAAGGCCGGAGUCUGUCUACUCUACUUCAAAGGACACCAAGUACCAGUCGGUGUAUGUUCUGUCUACAGAGAAGGAUGAGUGUGUCAUAGCAACUGAGGUGUAAGACGGAAGUGAUGUGGCAAAAUUCCCAUUUCUCUUAAAUAAAAUUCCAAGGAUAUAGCCCCAACGAAUGCUGCUGAGAGAGGAAAGGGAGACCCCAGGAGACCCCAGGGACUGCUGCUGAGAGACAGGUUCAGGCGGAGCUGGUUCUCUCGGAGUUAGCAGAGGCGCCGACACUGCCAGCCCGGGCUUCGGCGGCCGCUGCACUGCCUGCUGGAUGUUCCCAUUGCACUAUGGACAGUUGCUUUGAGAGUAUAUAUUUAAGUGGACGAGUGACUUGAUACAUUUAGGGAGCCCUGCCGACAUGUCUAUCUUGGAUUACUAUGAGCCAGUCUUUCCUUGAACUAGAAACACAACUGCCUUUAUUGUCCUUUUUGAUACUGAGAUGUGUUUUUUUUCUAGAUGGAAAAAAACGUGUGUUAUUUUUUUGGAUUUGUAAAAAUAUUUUUCAUGAUAUCUGUAAAGCUUGAGUAUUUUGUGACGUUCAUUUUUUUAUAAUUUAAAUUUUGGUAAAUAUGUACAAAGGCACUUCGGGUCUAUGUGACUAUAUUUUUUGUAUAUAAAUGUAUUUAUGAAAUAUUGUGCAAAUGUUAUUUGAGUUUUUUACUGUUUUGUUAAUGAAGAAAUUCAUUUUAAAAAUAUUUUUCCAAAAUAAAUAUAAUGAACUACAA